GAGGGUGGCAAUGUGUGGGUAAGGCACUGGAGUCAUCCCCAGCCACUCAUGUAUGACCCCCAUGACCUGUCAUCUGACCAAAUACACCUGGAGCGUUUCAGCAAAAACAUCUCUGACUCUCUGAGCUAUUGGCAAGCCCCCAGGAUGGAAACAGACUAUCUGAAGAAGUGCUUUGGAAACUGCCUAGCCCAGGCACUGGCAGAAGUGGCGACAGUUCGGCCCAGCGAUCCAAUAGAGUACCUGGCUCACUGGCUUUAUCAUUACAGGGCAAUAGCUAAAGCCAAAGAAGAGGAUAGGCAGGAGACGAUCCAGCUGCAGGAGGACAAGGACAGUGAGCUCAAGGCGGCCGACAUCCCAGAAAUGCUGGAGCGAGGAGCGCAGCAGAUUCCACAGGAGAGUGGAGAGAGUCACCCGGACCUGGUUUCUGCAGCUGGUCCCUCAAAGAAGGCCCUCGUCACACAGGAAGGCUCAGAGUCCCCUAAGAAGGGAGCCUCGAGUCACGGAGCCCUGCCGAGUACUUCCAGUGCGAUUCCAGGCAUGCCACAAGAAGUGACUUCUUCAGAGUCAGCCGGUCAGGCGGACUGGAGCCUGGAAACACCCUAAGACAUAAAUUACUAGGAGGUUUAGCAGCACCAGUUGCUCCAGAAAUGGCUGCUGAUGCCUGAAGUGCCUCUCGGAUUGUCAGACAUCAAUAAUUCUAAGGAUCCUUCCCCGAGCACAUCAAACCAAGAAAAUGGCCAGCUAGAAGAGUUCUCACUUCAACCAAGAUUGGAACAGUCUGUAAAAGUCCCUUUCUCAUGCCGAGGAAACCCUGCAAUCAUGUGAUGAAUUGAAGUACUUACAGGAUAAAAUAAAGUCAGAAUAAGAA